CAGCGCGUGUACGCUUAGCCAGCUCUUAAGUAAAACUUUAACUGGAUUCUUGGCUUAUUUAAGUUUGAUUGCUGCAAUAAUAAUUUCUUAAUGUAGAAACGCGUUUUAAGUGUGGAAAAUUUGUUGAUUUUUUUCAAUUGUGCAAAAAUCUGUAAUAAUUACAAAAACUGUUCUAAAGUUUGUGUCUGCGAUUUAAACAGCAAAACAAGUAUUUGUCAAAACAAAAAACAAAUCAACAGCAAAAUGAUGUACGAACGUCAAACCUCAUUUGAGAAGCCGACGCGCAUCGAUGGCUCUUCAUACAUCGCCGAGGGUAUUGAUAAGAAGGAGGGGCGCAGCACUUGUCUAUUGUAUACGCUCAAGGAUCAGAGUAGCGGCUCGCUUGCCAAAAGUUUGAAGAUCUUUACGAAGCACCAGGUCAAUCUGCUGCACAUCGAGUCACGUUCGUCGGUGCGUGUGCCCGGCUAUGAGUUCUUUGUGGAAUGCGACACAACACUGGGCGCAUUAGGCAAUGCUAUUGACGAGUUGCGUGAGCAGUGCAGUUAUUUCAAUAUCAUUUCACGUGACUACAAGGAUAACAGUUCGGCCGUGCCUUGGUUUCCCCGCAGAAUACGCGAUCUAGAUCGUUUCGCUAAUCAAAUUCUCAGUUAUGGAUCAGAGUUGGAUUCUGAUCAUCCUGGCUUUACCGAUCCCGUCUAUCGUCAAAGAAGAAAGUAUUUCGCCGAUAUCGCCUACAACUACAAACAUGGCGAGCCAUUGCCACACGUCGAUUACACCAAGGAAGAGAUUGCGACUUGGAGUGUGAUUUUUAAAAAUCUCACCAAAUUAUAUAAGACGCAUGCUUGUCGCGAAUACAAUCACGUUUUUCCACUGUUGGUAGAUAAUUGUGGAUUCCGAGAGGACAAUAUUCCGCAGUUGGAGGAUGUUUCUAACUUUUUGAAAGAUUGUACUGGUUUCACUUUGCGUCCAGUUGCUGGUUUGCUCUCUUCACGCGAUUUCCUCGCCGGUCUUGCUUUUCGCGUCUUUCACUCCACUCAGUACAUUCGCCAUCCCAGCAAACCGAUGUACACACCCGAACCUGACGUUUGUCACGAGCUAUUGGGUCAUGUUCCGCUCUUUGCUGAUCCUGCAUUUGCACAAUUCAGUCAAGAAAUUGGUUUAGCCUCAUUGGGCGCACCCGAUGACUACAUCGAGAAACUUGCAACGAUCUUCUGGUUCACCGUUGAGUAUGGUAUGUGUCGCCAAGAGGGCGAGUUGAAAGCUUACGGUGCUGGCCUUUUAUCUUCCUAUGGUGAACUGGAAUACUGUCUUUCCGACAAACCUGAACUGAGAGAUUUCGAUCCAGAAGUUACUGGCAUCACCAAGUAUCCAAUUACACAAUUUCAGGAGGUGUACUACGUUGCGGAGAGUUUCGAGAGUGCAAAAGAAAAGACAAUUAAAUUCGCCAAUUCCAUUCCGCGUCCGUUCGGUGUGCGCUACAAUGCCUACACUCAGAGUAUCGAAGUGCUUGAUUCAAAGAAACAAAUUCGCAAUCUAAUGGACGAUAUCAACUCAGAAUUUCAGAUAUUGCAAAAUGCUGUGGAGAAAUUGAAGGUGUAAGGGUGUGGAAAUAUGAGUGAAUUUUCUAUUGCACUUAUUUGGCGCAUAAUUAACGAUAGACUAACUACUUACGUGUAUAUAUCUAUAAUAUUUUUAUAAGGGAUUAUUGUAAUCAAAUUUUAAAAUAAAUGAAUACAUGAUAAUAAA